ACUUUUCUUAGUAAUUAUGUAAAAAAAAAAGUAGCUCAAUAUGUACGCUCACCAAUAUUUCUCUUUGGAUUUCGUGUGUCGGCUCGCAACAUGCAAAACCUUUGCUAAGGUCGUCGCGGCAUUGCUUUGUUUACAUUGAUACAACACGAAUCUAUUCAACGGCUCUUCUGAGUUAGCUGAGAUUUGGGAGAAACAAAUGGGAAAAUCUAACAAAAAAUUUAAAGCCGAGCGUAUCAACGCAAUAAGAAAACAGUACGAUUCUUUUAUCGAAGAAGACAAAAAACGUAAAGAACGAAAUGAGUAUAUUCUAGAAAGACUUGACAAAAUUCGUACCACCUCUGCCAUCGUGCAAGUUCGUAAUACACCAAAGGUGGGUAAUGUGUGCCUUAGUUAUUCGUUUCGUUACAUACAAUUGCAUAAUCUCAUUGUGAAUAUAGUAUUUAAGCAAAUCCGAAGGUAUUACAAUAAAGGUAAAGAAUACUCGAAAUUUCUGAGAACUAUCGCUUUCAGUGGAACAAUUUUUCCUAUUAGUAAACAAAAACCAAUUGUCAACAAUUCCACGUCAAUCAAAGAACAAGAGAUUCUGAAAGAAAUUAGUAAAAAAUAUAUUCUUAUACCAAGACUCACGAAUAUAUUGGAAUAUAAUGAUGAUUAUGUCUUAAAAUCUAACAUUGACGAUAACGGUGAUUGGAGGAAGAAAUACAGUAUUUUAGAAGAAUUAAAACAAAACGAGAAAGAAGACAAACAGAAAACUAAUUUGGACCUUUGUAAAGAAUUUACAACAAUAAAUAUGAAUGAAGGAGAAUUGACCUACAACACAAUUGAAGAGCCAAAUGUUCAAACUCAACUUCUUUUAUCGAAAUAUAAUAAAAAUCCAUCCAAAAAACUUCAAGAUGAUAAUUUAGGGAUGUUCGCUCAUUUCGAUGAAGUAAAUGAUAGUACUGAAAUCAAUAGACUUCAAAAGCCUGAAAUCGAAAAAAAAUUUACUGAAAAUUCAGAAAACAGCAAAGAUCUGAAAAAUGCUAUUUUGAAUAGUGAUACUGGAAAUCUUACACGAAAUAAUGAUAGUGAAAAACGAUCCAUGACUUCUGUACAAACACCGCCAGUAAGUCCAAAACAGGAUGAAAAUGUAAAUGUUAUUGAAGAACUUUCAAAUGAACGAGAUGUGGUAGAGACCGAUCUUAACACUAAUGAUUUAACACAGAAGGAAAAAAUGCAAACUGAAUACGAGAAGAAUUUAAAACCGAAAGAAGAAGAUAUUCAAUUGGAAAAAGUACAAUUUUCAAAUAUCAAUACCGAAAGUCUAAAUCUCAAGGACGCUUCACAACCUGAGAACUAUCAACAGGAUAAAGGACAAAAUGAAGAAGAUAACAUUAAAUCAAAUAUUGAUUCUGACAUACAACGCGAUAACAAUAUUUCAAAUGAUUUGAAUUCGCAGGAGAAAUUGCGAUCGACAGGCGUAGAUGAACUACUGGUUGAAAAUAUCAACUCCAGUGUACCAAAUACAGAUCAAGAAGAAGCUAACAUUAAAAAUCAAAUUGUGGAAAAUCAAAUCGAAUCACAUGAAGAACAAGAAGCACCUACAAUAGCUUAUAUUAAUCCUGCCGAACAAGACAUAGAAAACAUUGGCCACGACGCUCAAAUUGACGAAUUUGAAGCAGAGCAGAUUGAGAUGUUUCAUUCAGAUCCGAAUGUCACAGAUUACGCAUAUGACCAAACAGGCAGUGUCGUAAAUGAUGAUUACGCAAAUACAGGGGGUUAUACACAAGACGAAACCCAAGCUUAUUAUGAAGGUACUCAACAACAAGUUUAUUCCGAAGAAAUAAAUGAUCAUGAAGAGACCACUGAAAACUAUGAUCCUCAUUACGAAGCACAAUAUGCUAAUUAUGAGCAUCAAAAUCAAGUAAUUGAUGAACAGUACGACCACUACGAAGCCGAGGAAGAUAUCACGCAACCACAAUUGUACGAGCAAGUUCAAUUUGAAGUACCAGAUCAGAACAUCAUUCAGGAAGUGGAAAGAGAAUUGGACGCCGAACAGAAUUAUAAUAAUAUUGAGCCACCGAACCCAGACGACAAUAUUACCAACAUCAUUGACGAAGCCAUAUUACCUGAUGGCGAACCAGUUGGUGAAAAUCCGUCGCCGACACCGGUUAGUUAAAUAUGGUGCAUUGGAUUUUGUUAAAUGUCAUUUUAUUACCUCUUUUUAAUCUUAUGUUACAUUAUAUAAAUGCCUUUUGGUUUAUUAUAGAUUUUGACAAUGUAAUAAUAAAUGAUGUACCUACCUAGUACUUUAGUACCUACCUGUUACUAAAUUA